AUGGUCACGACUUUAUGCAUCCUCGUAUUUCUCGUCGCCACCACUCUACCCUUAUGCCUCGGAAUCGAUCCCUCCACUCUCACCGAAAUCGAGUGGGGUACACCUGUUGGACUUAGGAUUGGCCUCCGCCAAACUGGAGUAGAAAAAGAAGUUGCUGCAAGGAAGCUCCAUUUUGAGAUUGCCAUUUGGCCAAACAGCAUGCCGUUUAACCACGGGAAGACCUCUGCCGCCAAUGAUGAAGUGAAUGCCGUUGUCUAUGACGUUGUUUUGACACCCAAGAAGAUUGGAGAGUGCAGAACGUGGUCUAAAGACAGUAGAAGGGAGACAGUUCGAGGGCAUGAAGUAGAGGCGCCAUCUACCCUCCUGUCCAACCCUGGAAACGCUCAAACCAACCGGGAUCUACUCCGGGAAAUCGAGACGAUUUUUCGAGAUUCAACACCUCACGUCGGACCUCAUCCCGAUUACCCCGAUGCGGACUUCAUGAACUGCCUAGAUUGGGCGGCAAUGGCCUUCAUUCAACUGAAGAAGAGAGGAUAUCUGUCUGAGCAAGGCUAUAAAGGUCUUGUUGGAUACGUCGUUCGCGUAGAGGACUCAACCAAAGAGCUUAGAAACGACUGGAUACACAAGGUUUGCACUCAGCCUUACCAAGGACCUAGUGGAAGUGGAUCGGGGGGUCUAUCGCGCAGGAGCCUACCCAAAGGUUGCCCGCCAAACAGCCAGACGAAAGGCCGGAAAGGCGGACCGCUGUAA